GUCGCGGUGGAUGCGCGUGUGCCCACGAGACGUGAUAAAAUAAAUAAAAAAUAAACGGUAAUUUGUAUUGAUUACAGAUUAAAUAAAAGUUUAAAAAGUGUUAUUUUUUUUUUCGAGUGUAAACUAUUUUAAGUAUGUGUCUCAACGUGGAAUAAUAAUGUUGGGUUAGUGUCAGUGUUGUGGCAGAGGAAAAGUUAUUAUUACGAAAAAACUUUCAAUAUCCAGAAAGUCAUUGGAAUCCCGAAAUGACAUCGGACAGCGCGCUGAACUCUCAGCGCGUUUUCAAGAAAUCAUCGCCGAACAACAAAUUGACACUGUACCUGGACUCGAGAGACUUGGUGGUAGAGAAUGGCAGCAUUGAUAAGAUCCAGGGCGUCCUGCACGUGGAUUCAGAAUGCUUGGAAAAUAAGAAAUUAUUCGGACAAGUCACAUUAACUUUUCGAUACGGUCGCGAAGAUGAAGAAGUGAUGGGCCUCAAGUUCUGUAACGAGGCAAUUAUGAGCCUCGCGCAGAUAUGGCCGCUGCACUGCAACCUUGAGAGGGAACCGAACACAGCGUUGCAGGAUGCACUUAUCAAGAGGCUGGGGACAAAUGCGUUUCCGUUCCACUUAGAGUUGACUCCACUGGCGCCGCCGAGCGUCCAGCUCGUUCCGGCUAAACAAUAUCACGGAGCGCCUAUUGGGACAUCGUACGACGUACGAGCGUAUAUUGCGGAACGAGCUGACGAGAAAGUAUCAAGACGCAACACAGUUCGUAUGGGUAUACGAGUACUUCAAGGUCCUGGCAAGUCGUCUGCUAUACCGCCAGUGUUACCACCAUCACCACACCGCACGCUCAGUACGCUGGCACAUCACAACGUGCUUAGGCUGAAAAAUAAAGCUAAAUUGGACACGGAUGAAAAAUGUAGAGCGAAAAACGAGGAAAUCGAGAACGUUGAACCCGCGCCGCCCCGAGCGACCGUCGAGAAGCCGUUCCUGUUGUCUGAUGGAAGAGUGGAGUUGGAGGCCUGGCUAGACAAAGCGACGUAUUCACACGGCGAAUCCAUAGCUGUGAGCGUGGUCAUAUCGAACCAUUCAUCCAAAACCGUUAGAAGAAUAAAGGCACUAGUGGUCCAGCAUGUCGACGUGUGUAUGUUUUCCAACGGGAAAUUCAAGAAUGUGGUUGCAUUAGUACGUGGGACCGGAACGCCUGUACUGCCCGGACAAACAUUCACUGACACGUAUACCCUUAUUCCACACAAAGGGGUGACCAAAAAUUGGAUAGCAUUGGAAGAUUCAUACUCUAAAUCAGGUGCAAGUUUGGCUUCAACGGUUCUGUGCAACUCUGAUUCGCCUGAGGAUCGCAACGUUUUCGCUAUUUACGUUUCUUAUUAUGUCAAAGUGAAACUCACCCUCAGUGCUAUGGGCGGUGAAGUUUCAGUGAAAUUGCCUUUCACACUCACACAUUCCUGCAUAAACGAAGCACCAACAGACAGUGUUACAGAAGAAGCAACUCAUAAAAUGAUCCUCGAAGGAAAAGAAAAUAGCGAAGAAGAGGAUAGUAAAGCCGAAACGAAAAAAGAUAAGCAGAACAACAACGGUGUCAACGAAAACCAAGCAACGACAUUCGGUGACGAGGCUGAGGUGAAGUCUCCAGACGACCACAGAUGUGUUGCCGAUGUCCUGGUUAAUAUAGAGAACAAAAUGUGUGAAAGGCCAAAGAAAUUCGAAGGGCAAACUGAGGUUCGAACUGCGAAACCGAACCAAGAAGAAUUAGAUCUGAUAGUAAAGUACCCAGGUUCCGAUACGUGAUCCGACGAGGAAGUUGCUGUAAAAGGAAAGGGAGGCGAUAAGACUGAAAAGUCAAAUGAUGUGAACGACACCAAAACCUGUAAAACGGAGGUCCAAAAUCAAAAAAUUGGUUUCACUGAGAAUUUGAAAAGAGCUGUUUGCUGCACCGUGAGACGACAGUCGUAAUUAAGAUUAAAUUUAUAUUACUUUACACGCGAUCUAUUUAAUAAACAGUACCUAUUUGUUAAGCCAAAGAAAUUCAAUGUUCCAAAGAUAGUUUCAUAUAUAAAAUGUAUUCUAACUAGGGACUAUAUAUUUUUGCUAACCACAGAUAUCUAGAUAAAUAUAUUUCGGUGUUCUUGCAUGUAAAUGUAUUACUGAACGAAAUUAGUAGUUACCUAAACAUGAACUGAAUUGAAUAAUUAAAGAAAAAUGUAGUCGGCGUUUGAGUAAAUCACAAUUUGUCAAUUUUAAAGAGAUCUGACUAAGUAAAAUCGUAUAUUAAAGAUGUACCAAAUAUUAUAAAAAACAUUUAUAAAUGAUAAAUAUAUUCUCUACCAAUUGUCAUUACUAGAUUAUUU